CACCCCACCGGGCGCUGCUUUCCGCUUCUGAGUUCUGACAUUCAAAUAGUAUCAAGCACGCGUGCGCGCUGGUGGCGUUAACGUUCUAAUUUACGAUAAGUUUCGAUUAUAAAGUUCGUGUUUAAUUACAUACAUGGGAGACUGUAUCGACUACAUGAAAAUCAAAAUGUAUGAUGAAUAGAAGAUAUUGAUGACAAGUCACGUUGGUUGUUAACGAUUUUUAUUGAGACUGCUGUGUGAAGCUCUUAACGAUGUCAAAUGUCGAGGUGAACGUUGACAAUAACAUGAAUAAGACUGAUGUUAAAAAUAAUAAGCUGGACAUUGGAUAUCCCAGCAGGGACGUGGAGAAAGGAAGUCGUGAGAUAAGUGGUGUUCAAAUACCGUGGAAGAGCGUCAUCAUAAUGGUUUUAGCGUUAGCUGUACUAGUCGCCGCGUGCGCAGUGGCUUGGGUGCUUCAAGGAUGGCAAACAACUCUAAUCGUGAUUGCUGUGGUGGUUCCAGUGUAUAUAUUAAUUUAUUAUUGGAGAUUCCUUUAUGUCGUUGUGAAAACUGCGCCAAGGGAUAUUUCGGCAUUAUACUGUUACAUAAAGAUAUUGCGUCUCGCAAACAAAUUCACAAAAACCGACUGGUCCAUGCCGGAUAUCUUCCACGAUGUUGUUAAACGUCAUCCAAACAAAGCUUGCUUUUUAUUUGAAGACGAGAUAUGGACCUUCCAGCAGGUGGAAGAUUUCAGUCUGCGCGUAUCAGCAGCAUUAAAAGCACAAGGGAUUAAACGUGGUGACACGGUGGCCGUUAUGGCCAGUAAUUAUCCCGAAAUGCCGGCAAUGUGGCUCGGCAUCACCCGCAUCGGGGGAAUAGCACCUCUGAUUAACACAAAUCAAACUGGAAACACACUACUGCACUCGAUCAAUAUAGCGAAGUGUGAUGCUUUUAUUUAUGGAAGUGAAUUUGAAUCCGUUGUCAACGAAGUAAGAAAAGAACUGAACCCAUCAUUAAGGCUUUUUAAGUUCACACGUCGGCCGUUAAACACAUCGAACGACAGUGUGAAAGUUGCAGAGUCGGCGAGCGACUUGACGCAUAUGCUCGAAACAACUGCACCGGCUCCAUGGAGUCUUUCUGAAGGUGAAGGCUUCAAUGGAAGGCUGCUUUAUAUUUACACUUCUGGUACGACAGGUCUGCCGAAAGCCGCUGUCAUUUCGCCUUCAAGAAUGUGCUUCAUGGCAUCAGGUGUUCACUAUUUGGGAAGCUUAAGAAAAACCGAUGUUAUUUACUGUCCAAUGCCUUUGUAUCAUUCUGCGGGCGGCGUGAUCACAAUGGGCCAGGCAUUCAUCUUCGGCUGCACUGUUGCUCUACGUACCAAGUUCUCCGCGUCAUCCUACUUCCCAGAUUGCAUCAAAUAUAAAGCGACAGCUGCUCACUACAUCGGUGAAAUGUGUCGUUAUAUCCUUGCUACUCCUCCUGCGGCAACAGAUAGACAGCAUACUGUGCGCACUGUCUAUGGAAACGGAAUGAGACCAACGGUUUGGAAUGACUUUGUUGAACGAUUUGGAAUUAAGAAGGUUGUCGAAUUUUACGGCGCUACUGAAGGAAAUGCAAAUAUAGUUAAUAUCGACAACAAGCCAGGCGCUAUUGGUUUCAUAUCACGAAUUAUUCCUGCAGUUUAUCCCAUAGCUAUUAUAAAAGUAGACGAAGAAACUGGGGAACCUAUUAGGGAUUCUAAAGGCUUAUGUCAGUUGGCAAAACCAAACGAACCAGGAGUAUUCAUAGGGAAAAUAAAACCAAACAAUCCAUCAAGAGCAUUUUUGGGCUACGUCGACAAGGAAGCUUCUGAAAAGAAGAUUGUUAGAGACGUACUCAGUCACGGCGAUUCUGCAUUUAUAUCUGGUGAUAUCCUAAUAUCAGACGAGUUCGGCUACCUCUACUUCAAGGAUCGUACCGGGGACACUUUCCGCUGGCGAGGCGAGAACGUGAGUACCACAGAAGUGGAGGCUGCAAUAUCCAGGGUUGCUGAUCAGCGAGACGCCGUAGUGUUUGGUGUUGAGAUUCCCAACAAUGAGGGGAGAGCGGGUAUGUGUGGUAUCGUGGAUGCUGAUGGAACUUUAGAUUUGGAUAAGCUAUUAAAAGACAUGUCAAAGGACUUGCCGAAAUAUGCUAGACCCAUAAUCCUACGGAUAAUGAAAACCAUGGAUAUGACUGCGACAUUUAAAAUAAGGAAAGUGGACUUACAAAAGGAGGGAUACAAUCCAUCAAUACUAAAAGACAAGCUUUACUAUUUAGAUCCAAAGUUGAAUAAAUAUGUUAGCCUUGGACCCGAAGAAUAUGAAAAAAUAAUGUCCGGACAAAUAAGACUGUGAUUAUUAAUUUAUUUAAUGAAUGCAAUGUGAUGCCUUUACCGUGUAUUUAGAUAAACUUUGUAAUGUACACUUAAUUAAGUUCAAACGUAUAAUAUGGCCUCUGAGUGUAAUUACCUACCUACUCUUUAUAAUUUUGCAUUUGAAAUUAUAUACCUAUUACAUUUUAUAGCUGAAUUUUAUAACAAACUAGCGGUAGUUUCGCCACCAGAUGGCUAUAUGUGAAAAAUUAUUCCCGCUUUUCUGUUGAAA